CACCCGCACUGGGCCCUCACGCCGCCGCCCGACACAACACUUCAAAGGUUUAGUUCCUCCCCCACCAUCGCCAGAGCUCAACACUCCCUGUGACUGACUCCCUGCACCUCUGUAAAUUUCGCAAUUCAGUGGAUUAUUAUUAUGUUUCCGAGAUAAUAAAUCUUUUAAAUAGAUCAUGUUGUACAUAUGUACAAAUUUUAUUUUUUGUAACUUUCCCUGUUGUUUUGCCGAGCCUGGACCUACUGCUCUCUAAUACACGGCAGCAUUUAAUCCCAGCAGACGAUUUUCUUCAUUUGGCUAUACUGGUCAAUUUUCAAAUGUAGGAAGCUCUUUCAGACCCGAAUAGGUUGGACAACUGACAACUCUUCAAGGAAACAGCAGAGAAUGAACUUCCUGCUUUUGUACAAAUUUAAAUUAGCAAUGCAAGAACUUAAACCCAGAAUUUAAUAUUACGUCUGAAUGUCAGGACUUAAUUGUUUGAAAAUGGAUAUACAGUGAACAGUUAAUUGGAAGUAUGUCUCCCCUGUACAACAAUUUGCAAAACAGAAACUGUUGGCAUGUACAUUAAUCAGAUGAUUAAACGGAAGUAUCAGUUUACUGAUUGGGUUAACUAGUGCUUUUGCUCCACCUCUAGUUAAUGCAAAUACAAUUUUACAUAUCACUUCAGGGCGGAGAUGUACUGAGUUUGCAACGAGAUGGAUUACAAAUAACCUAACUUGUACGCCAGGUAGAAUUUUCUGUCUUCAGCAGCAGAUCUGGAAUUUACUGUUAACAAGUCAAGAAGCUCCUGAAAUAGGCACCAAACAAUACAACUGGAGUACUUUAUGUGAGAGAACUUUAGGAUGUAUAAUUUGUUCACUGAAUUCUGACUGCUGUGUUUUUUUUAAAAAACUGCUUGACAAUAUAGUUUUAAUGAAUUCUAGUAAGAAAAUGGUUAAAGGUAGGGAUAACCCAACGUUCACACUUACUGAAGACCCAACGUUCACACUUACUGAAGAUCCAACUCGGCACCAAAAGUCAACAACUGACGCCGUAUCCAUUCAAGAAAGCGCAAAAUCAACUGAAGAAUUUGAGGAAGGACCAUGUGGCUGGGGAACAUUUACCUCAGGUUGCAUUCAACGAUGUAACAACCCAAAAGGAUAUUUAUUAUGUUACAGUCUGCUAGCUGUUGUUCAAGGUGCUCUGGUGAAUGGCCUAGUCAAUGUCAACCUCUCCACGAUCGAAAAGCGAUACAACUUGUCCAGCUUCUACGCAGGAUUGAUUUCUACUGGCUAUGAUAUCUCCUUCUGCGCCUUAUGUCUCUUUAUCUCUUAUUAUGGACAAAAGGGACACAAACCACGGUGGUUGGCCUUCUCAGCUUUUAUGCUUGGAUUGGGAUCUUUAGUGUUUAGUCUUCCGCAUUUCAGUAGUGGCCUCUAUAAUCAUGGUGCUCAAAUGAGAGAUACCUGUGGAUUUUCCAAUGGCAAUUCCACCGGAGAAGACUGCAAUUCCUCUAAAGCAUCCAAUUUUCUGUUUCUGUUUCUUCUGGGACAAUUGUUGCAUGGAGUUGGAGGAACCCCUUUGUACACACUGGGAACAGCUUACCUCGAUGACAGUGUUCCGAAUGAUAAAACUUCCCUUUAUAUCGGUAUUGGAAGUGGCAUGUCAGUUCUGGGCCCAGCCUUUGGAUAUACUUUAGGUGGUCAGAUGCUGGACAUCUAUAUUGAUUUCGAUCAUGUUUCCAAUGUUGAAUUAGAAUCAGAUGAUUCUCGAUGGCUUGGUGCUUGGUGGAUUGGGUUUAUUGCGUGUUGGAUACUUUCCUGGUGUAUGAUUAUACCUCUGACUUGCUUCCCAAAACAUCUACCAGGCACAGAAAAAGUACAACGUGAAAAGGUUUCUGAGGCCCACAGUAAUGUAGAUUCAUUAAUUUUAACAAGCGGACAUUUUGGAAAAGGUUUUAAGGACUUCAUCACGGUAUUGAGGAAAAUGUUGAACAAUUCGGUUUUCAUGUGCUUAGUUGUAGCAAGCUGCACUGAAGGUCUAGUGAUCACAGGCUUUGUGACAUUUUUACCAAAAUUCAUUGAAAAUCAGUUUAGCCAAACUGCUAGCCUAGCAGCAAUUGUUGGAGGAGCAACACUUAUUCCUGGAGCAUUUAUUGGUCAGAUUUCCAGUGGGAUCAUUAUAUCCAAGCUGAAAUUCCUUUGUGGAAGUAUGAUUAAGAUGGCUAUAGCCACAACUGUCAUAUCACUGCUCUUCGCAACUGUUUUCAUUUUUAGUUAUUGUGUAAAUAAUCCAUUUGCCGGAGUCAACCAGAACUAUUAUCCCAACAAGACGACAGGGCACAUUAAACUUGUGGCACCCUGUAAUGCUGACUGUCACUGUCACUAUGUCUUUAAUCCAAUCUGUGGUGUCGAUCACGUCCAAUAUUUUUCUGGAUGCUAUGCCGGUUGUAUGAAUACAACGAUAAAAGAUAAUCGUCAUAUUUAUGAGGGCUGUUCUUGUAUCCCCGAAAAUAACUUUGGUUUUGAUGCAAAUGGAGGGAAAUGUGAAACUGCAUGUAAUCACAUGCCCAUGUUUUUGGGAUUAUUUUUGUUCGCUGUUGUUUUUACAUUCAUGACAAGCACGGCAAUUACAACGGCAGUUCUCAGGUGUGUUCCAAGUAGCCAACGCUCAUUUUCAUUAGGAAUUAAUUGGGUCUUUGUACGGCUCCUAGGUGCCAUUCCAGGACCGAUUAUUUUUGGUACAGUGAUUGAUAAAUCCUGUGUCCUCUGGAAUGAAGAUGAUUGUGGCCAUCGGGGUGCAUGCUGGACCUAUGACAACCCAAAAAUGGCUCUCUUAUUCAUAGCAAUUGGUACAACUUGCAAAGUGAUCACCAUUAUCGCACUUGUUGCAGCUCAUUUCCUAUAUAAACCUCCAACAGGAGUUACAACUAUUUCACAUGUGUCUCAUAACAGGCUGAACGCAAGAUGAGGAUUUGAGGACGACCAAAAUAUUGCUUUGAUUGAUAAUGAAUUGUGAUGACUGAACAAAUAAGUCUGUGCAACAAUGAAUAUAAAACAACUUUGUAUGAGAAACUAAAUGACUUUGUAUAUUUAAAAUAUAUAACAAAUUUCCACAUUUAAUGCCCUGCACAGGAAAAUGUAUCUUUACCACAAGCAAAUAUAUUGAUUUAUGAUGUUCCUUGGAUCAAUUAUUUACAACUGAUUGAGAGCCAAGGUUUAUUAAAUCUUGUUGACAUUGUAUUUUUUUGGUUAAACACAAAAACUGCAUGUAAAAAAAAGUCUGCAUUUUGCGUUAUAGAAUAGAAAAGCAUGGGGAAUACUGAUAUUGUGCUAUCGGUAAGCUUGGAGAAGUCCUAUUGAUGGUUUUUGUAGAAUGGGUGACAUAUAGCCUCUGCCAAAAAUAACAUUUAAAAAAUAUCUCCAUAUGGAAUAAUCAUGAGUCCUUCAACAACAUAAAAGUACAACACUAUAGAACGAAUUUACAUUGCAUUUUAAUGCUUACAUCGUCUCCGUGUAUCAGCAUGACUUCACAUCAUCUUUGACUUGACUUCUGCAGGAAAAUGCAAAAUUUGAAAGCAAUUUAAUUAAUUGUUUCCAACAUCCCACACAUUUAAUAACACAGGUUUAAUUACCACUUCUUGGAUUACUUUACCUAAUACUCUCCUGUACAAUUUUUAACCUUUGCUGUGCUUUGUGCUAUACGCCAUGAACUUGUACGCAAGCAGACCAAAGAAUUUCUGAAUUUCAGAAUCUCAAGCUGUGUUCAAUUGAUUUUAUGAAUAGUAUCAAACCCGAUGAGUUGGAUGUGGGAGAAUGCAAGAAAAAUUGCCCCAACCGUUGCAUUGUCUUCAUGACAAGUGCGCAUGUAUGUGUGUUUUUAAGAGGUUCUCCCAACUCUGUGGUAUCCUCACACAUGGGAAAGAGGUGUUUGGUAAGGUACUGCAGAGCUAUCACUGGUUCUCUAGUGAUACAUGGGCAUAAGGUAAUUGUUUUCCUCAAAAAGACGAAAGAAAGAACAGAAAACAAAUAAAUACAUUUAUUAGAUCCUGCUACAAGCUCAGUAAUAUAGAAAGUGAAUUAAUCAAUGGAAUGUUGUUUUGUAGGUUUAAUUUGCCCAUCCUGUUGAGCAUUUGAGCUCAGGCAUGUUUCUCAUGCAGAGACAUCAGUCAUACAAUCCUAACCUUGGCAGAAGACAGAAACUGGACAAAAUAAUUGUUGCUUAUCUCCCAUAAAUCUACAAUGAACUAAAUAAAAGUUGUACGAGUGAAAAGUCUAGGAGCACAUUAGUGUCCUGUCCUCUCCGUUACAGUCGAUUAAGAUUGAAAGGAAGUACAUCCAAAAUUCCAUCAUUCUUCGCCAUGAGGAACUGACUUUAAUUGAGAUGGCCAACUUUACCCUUCUAUGGAAUGUUACCAAGUCCAAAGCCAACCUGUAAGAGAAGGUACACUUGUGCCACAUGAGUUCGCUUUUAUGAAACUAUCAAAUUAAGUAAAUCAAACUAGCAGACAUUUAAUAGUGAAAUUAGGUCUGUACUUUUAAUUGCCUAAAUGCCGGUGUUAAACCUCCACAACAUAUUGGGGGAAAAUUUUAACUUUUGUAGCUAAAGCUGCUAAGCAUGAAGCCUCAGCAUGAGAGUGCCUACUGUACUCACCGCACACAUUUUAUUCAUUUACUUCAAUCUAACCAAAUGUGCAGAGAAUAGAACACAACCAGCAGUUGAUAGUCUACAGCAUUUAGCUCAGGACACCAAAUAUGUAUUCAGUUCAUAUGUGGAAAAGCCUUUGGUCGUUAGCAUGGAGCAUUCUUGGUCAUCGAAUGCUGUUAUACAUGAAUAUAUUGAGGAAGCACUUUGCAAAACUGUUCCAUUGGAGUUAUCACUAAUCAUUUGUGUUUUCUUUUCCAUGUAUUCAUAAAUUGAAAAUAGAACGCAUGCACAAGUCUGUAAAUAUACAAAAUGAAAGAGUUUGACCUAUUCAGAAAUUAUAUUUUGUUGAGUGCUUUAAGAAACAAAUGUCUAAUUUUUUUGUUAUUUGAUCAUUAAAAAUUAAGAUUUACUGAAUUUAUUGGACAAUUUCCAACCUUUAAUCUGUCAUUUCUUCAUUUCUCCACUGAACAUCAAGCAAAACUCUGGAAUAUUUAUCCAACCCCAUCAUUUAACUGAUUGAUUGUGUUCUAUUUUUUUUUUUUACACACCAUAGCUGAGAAACCACGGAGACGUAUCACUACAACCAACCAUGUUCUGAAUCCUGGAACAAAAGCUAUUCUCAAUUGCUGAAAACUUCUUUAAAUCUAAAUAAGCAUAAAACAUUUAAUGUUACUGUGGAUCUACAGAUACUGCACAACAUGUAUAGCAUUUAAAUUACAUUCAUCAUGCUCUCACUUUAAGCUUCUCAAGCUGUUAUUCUGCCCAACAAAGAUUUGUACACCUGGAAGUUGAAUAUAUUAAACUAUCGUAAACAUAUUAAACUAUUCCUUUGCUCCAUAGAUGCUGCCUCACCUGCUGAGUGUCUCCAGCAUUUUUGUCUACCUUUGAUUUUUCCAGCAUCUGCAGUUCUUUCGUAAACUAUCAUAAGGUCUUUUUUAACAAAUAUGUUAAACUGCAACAGUUAACUAUAGAACUAAUGGCCAGGCUUUUUCCCAGGCAGAGCACAAAGUGCUGGAAUUAAUCUGGGUCAAAUAGCAUUGCUAGAGGGCAUGGAAAGACAACAAUUUGGGUUGGGACCCUUUAUUUUAUCCAAGGUGACUACUUCAGUGUGAGAUCAGACACAAACUCGGCAUAAACACAGGAAAAAGUGCACCAUCUCAAACUAUUCAGACCCACCUGUGGUAAAAUUUGUAGGAUCCCACACUUGCUUCAUCAACCAGGUCAGAAGCUGCAUUGACCUCAGCAAUCAAACUUAGGAAUACAUAUGUUUGGAGGCCAAGCUCCAAGUUAAGGUUGACUUGAUUGCUGAAAUAUACAAAAUGUACAAAGAAGAGGUACUCUAGUAACCUGUCCCUGUAGUGCAAUAUCCCUGUUCCCGAGGGAUGGCUUAAUGAGAAAAAAAAAAAAUCAGACUUGGUCCUCGUCUCUCACCCAUGAAAAAUGUACAUGCGAUGAGCUGACAAAAAUAGCAAUG